GACAUAUCUUCCCUGCGAGGAGCCCCGUUCUCUUACAGUCACAGAUAAGUUGGAUUUGCCCACACUCCUACAGUUGGUCUGUUCCGAGGCAAUGUAUCAGUGACUUCGUUGACUGUGUCCGAGAAUUCACGGUUCAAUAAUGAGAUAGGUCUUGAUAUGAAUGUAUUUAUUCACUCUGGUGGUACUGAAGGAAACAACAAGCACCAGAAAUAGAAAUAUCCCGGUCAAAGGAAAACGAUUACAAAGUGCAGUGAGUAAGGAUGAAUAACACAGUAGUCAAGGGAAAACAACACGAUGUUGAUGGUGUUGCGACAGAGGACGUUCAAAUAGCGGACAAUCUGGAGGAAGAAGAAGGAGAAACAGAUGAAAAUGAUGAGGAAGGCGGGAAUGUUACAUUGGGGGCAGCAACUUUUUCAAAAGUCGUGCUUGAGACUGGCCAGCGUCAGAACUCUCACAGUAUCCAUGAUGCAUUAAAAACGCUGACGCAUCAUAUUGCCACACAAGGCUCAUCUACCUGCCAGGAUUCCAGCAUGGCAUUGAUGCCUUCACAAUCCAAUACACAGGAGAUGGACACAAACUGGGUGCCUGAGACAGCACCAUCAUCUGGUGCUGCUUCAACAAUUCAGUAUAACGUUCUCCAAGUCCAACAGCACAUUGGAGAAAUGACGGUGAAGGGCGGCAGGAAUCUGACCAUCGGAGGGACUCAAAACAUCGGUAAAUCGCAGCCCUGUCCCCAGGAGGAGGAGGAGGAGGAGAAACCGCUGACUACAGUACAGAAGAUCAGGAAACGAACAGAAUCAAGGAUACAGUCAUGGACCCAAGGUAUGGUUAAGACACAGGCACAUAAGGAGGUGAUGGAGAAGAUUGACAGGGGAGCAACAUGGGUGACAAUAAAGGGAAGACCAGGAGAGGGGAAGUCUACAGUUGCCUACAUGGCCCUCGGAGAUCUGCACAGCCAAGGGAGACAAGUAUUCCAAGUUGUGUCCCCAGACGAAUUCAAUGAGGUAACCAGGACUUGUACCAACCCUGUGAUUAUGAUGGAUGAUAUAUUUGGUGAUCUGGAAUUUGACGUUGCAGAGUGGACCAAGUGGAGACCCUCUCUUCGUCCCAUUCUUGAUUUGCAAAAUCCUGACUUGGAGCUAACUUUAAAUGGUUCAACUGACAUCAAUCCAGAGCAAAAUCGAAAGAAACAAUCUUUAUUUAUUCUUGUGGGACGUGAUUAUGUACUAAAAUCCUCUUUACCAGACCUUGGAAGAGCGAGGGAAUAUGUUACAAGCAGUAAACAUCUAGUCGAACUCUCACCAACCAGAGAUCAUGAAGAAAAACUGAAUAUUUUGAAAUCAAUUUUUCAAAUGGAAGGUGUUGACAUUGAGAAAAAAGUCAUUUUUAAAUUAAGUCACAUCGCGUGUCCACAUGGGUUUCCACAUGUCUGUAGACUAUUUGUCACAGCCUUUAAACAGAAUGACAAGGUAUCAGCAAAGGAGUUUUUCGUGAGUCCUCUUGAAUUUCUAAACCAAACGUUGCAGAAAUUAAUAAACAAUAAAUCAAAGUGUCAACUCCUGAAGGCAAUGAUCCAAGGAGAUGGGAAAGUGUCGCAGUCUGAAUUGUAUAAAGACAAAUACAAGAUGCAUGACUGUGUAUCAUCUGCCAAUGAGCUUGUUGGGUCAUAUCUGAAGCUGGAAGAUGGUACAUACAUGUUUGACCAUCCAUCAAUCUAUGACAGUGUUGCAUUUCUUCUGACUGAAAAAGAUCCAGUAUUUGUCAUUGAGAAUUGUAGUCUCUCAUUCAUCAACCAGCGACUUAGACAUGGGACUGUUGAAACCCAAGGUUUGGUUGCAGAAAUCCCACCUUUCUGCAUUGACAACUUGGUGCAGAGAUUUGCCUUGGCGAUUCAGCGGGGCAACCUGGCAUAUGUAAUCUCACAUCAAAUCUGUUGUGAUCCAGACUUCAUUGAUAAACUGAUGAACAUACUGAAAGAACAAUAUCAAAUAUCUGUAAAUACAUUUCUGAGGAAGACUGAUGAAGAAACACUAGAAUCCUGUUUGGAGUUGCUGCCAAGCAACAAAUCUUCAACCAUGGUGAAAUACAUACUGGAGAAGGGAAACAUUACACUGCAUCAGACGGAGAUAGAUGAGAUCUUAUUUGGUGUGUGCAAACAUGCUGCAGGUGAUGUGUUGACAUAUCUUACAAAACAUUUAAAACUGGACAUCAAUGCUACAUACAGACACCGUGAGCAGACCCCGCUGAUGAUAGCAACUGAGACUGGAGAUUGUAACUUUGUACACCAGAUACUUCGCCUUCUUCCUGAUCUGAAUGCAUCUGACAGCUAUGACAGAACUGUGCUGCAUUACCUGUGUGAACAUGGUCUUGUGUCAGCUGUGGAGUAUGUCAUUGACAAGGGUGUAGAUAUUGAUGUACCAGAUCAGAUGGGUCAAUCUUCACUUUUUCUAGCGUGUUUGUCUGGUCACAAGGGCCUAGUGAAACUGUUACUCGAUAGAGGAGCAGUAGGUUAUGUGGAUAACUAUCAUAAGUCUCCUCUACUUGCGGCUUGUCUCAAUGGCAAGGAAGAAGUUGUAAAACUGGUGCUGGAUAGAACUGAUGUUAAUUGUGAAUGGAAGGAUAGGUCUCUGGGUUGGGCAUGUGCUUGCGGCAUUGAGGGAAUAGUAAAAGCUUUGUUGGAGGGAGGAGCAAAUAUUGCUGGUCGGGAUAUCCAUUUUAAGCCUCUGUAUCAAGCAUGUACACAUGGACAUGCAAACAUUGUUAAGACUUUACUUGUGGCAGGAGCAGAACUUAGUGGCGAUGAAGUGUGUGCUGCAUGUAAAAGUGGGAAUCUGGAUGUUGUUGAGAUGCUGUUUGAUAAAGGAGCCUCAGUCAAUAUGAUAUCGAAGGAUGGACAACUCCCUCUUCAUGCAGCAUGCGAAAGUGGAAAGAUGGAUGUCGUGAGAGUUGUGACGGGGAAAGGAGCAAAUGUCAGCAUGGUGGCUCCAAAUGGAAAUACUACACUGCACUCAGCGUGUAAGGGAGGAAGCCAAGAGGUUGUUCUAUUUUUACUUGAAAAGCUUUAUACGUCUCACGAAGAAGACGAAAGAGAAGUUGGUGAAUCGGCUGAAGGUUUCAGAAAGCAGAAAGCUGACAAUAAUUCAAAUAUCAAGUCAAGAGACAACCCGGCAGCUGCAGCUAGAGUAAAUAUAGAGGAUAACACAGGAAACACAGCACUCCAUGUAGCAUCAAUCCAUGGAUCGAAAGAGUGUGUUGAUAUGUUACUGAAGGCUGGAGCUGAUGUGAAAGUACAAAACGAGACAGCCGACACUCCACUUCAUGAUGCAUCCAGGUGUGGAUCUGAAAAGUGUGUUGAUCUGUUACUGAAGGCUGGGGCUGAUGUAAAAGUACAAAACAACUCAAGCUACACAGCACUCCAUAGAGCAUCAAUCCAUGCAUCGAACGAGUGUGUUGACCUGUUACUGAAGGCUGGGGCUGAUAUACAGGCACAGAAUAGACGAGGCUUCACACCACUUCAUAUCGCAUCAAUGUUUGGAUCUCAAAAGUGUGUUGAUAUGUUAUUGAAGGCUGGAGCUGAUGUAAAAGUACAAAACGAGACAGGCGACACUCCACUUCAUACCGCAUUGAGGUAUGGAUCUCAGAAGUGUGUUGACCUGUUACUGAAGGCUGGAGCUGAUGUAAAAGUAAAAAACGAGACAGGCGACACACCACUUCAUAACGCAUUGAGGUAUGGAUCUCAAAAGUGUGUUGACCUGUUACUGAAGGCUGGAGCUGAUGUAAAAUUACAAAACGAGACAGGCGACACACCACUUCAUAACGCAUCAAUGUUUGGAUCUCAAAAGUGUGUUGAUCUGUUACUGAAGGCUGGGGCUGAUGUAAAAGUACAAAACGACUCAGGUUGCACAGCACUCCAUGCAGCAUCAAUGUGCGGAUCUCAAAAGAGUGUUUACCUGUUACUGAAGGCUGGGGCUGAUGUUAGAGUACAAAACAACUCAGGCUACACAGCACUCCAUGCAGCAUCAAUGUAUGGAUCUAAAGACUGUGUUGACCUGUUUCUGAAGGCUGGGGCUGAUAUACAGGUACAGAAUAGAACAGGCGACACACCACUUCAUAUCGCAUCAAUGUGCAGAUCUCACAAUUGUGUUGAUAUGUUACUGAAGGCUGGAGCUGAUGUUAAAGUACAAAACGAGACAGGCGACACUCCACUUCAUGAAGCAUCCAGGUGUGGAUCUGAAAAGUGUGUUGAUCUGUUACUGAAGGCUGGGGCUGAUGUAAAAGUACAAAACGAGACAGGCGACACUCCACUUCUUGAAGCAUCCAGGUGUGGAUCUGAAAAGUGUGUUGAUCUGAUACUGAAGGCUUGGGCUGAUGUAAAAGUACAAAACAAAUCAGGCUGCUCAGCACUCCAUGCAACAUCAAUGUGCGGAUCUCAAAAGUGUGUUGACCUGUUACUGAAGGCUGGGGCUGAUGUAAAAGUACAAAACGAGACAAGCGACACUCCACUUCAUGAAGCAUCCAGGUGUGGAUCUGAAAAGUGUGUUGAUCUGUUACUGGAGGCUGGGGCUGAUGUAAAAGUACAAAACAAAUCAGGCUGCACAGCACUCCAUGCAGCAUCAAUGUUUGGAUCUCAAAAGUGUGUUGACCUGUUACUGAAGGCUGGGGCUGAUGUAAAAGUACAAAACGAGACAGGCGACACUUCACUUCAUGAAGCAUCCAGGCGUGGAUCUGAAAGGUGUGUUGAUCUGUUACUGAAGGCUGGGGCUGAUGUAAAAGUACAAAACGAGACAGGCGACACUCCACUUCAUAAAGCAUCCAGGUGUGGAUCUGAAAAGUGUGUUGACCUGUUACUGAAGGCUGGGGCUGAUGUAAAAGUACAAAACGAGACAAGCUACACUCCACUUCAUGAAGCAUCCAGGUGUAGAUCUCAAAAGUGUGUCGAUCUGUUACUGAAGGCUGGGGCUGAUGUAAAAGUACAAAACAAAUCAGGCUACACAGCACUCCAUGCAGCAUCAAUGUGCGGAUCUCAAAAGUGUGUUGAUCUGUUACUAAAGGCUGGGGCUGAUGUAAAAGUACAAAACAAAUCAGGCUACACAGCACUCCAUGCAGCAUCAAUGUGCGGAUCUCAAAAGUGUGUUGAUCUGUUACUGAAGGCUGGGGCUGAUGUGAAAGUACAAAACGAGACAGGCGACACUCCACUUCAUGAUGCAUCCAGAUGUGGAUCUCAAAAAUGUGUUGAUAUGUUACUGAAGGCUGGGGCUGAUGUAAAAGUACAAAACAAGACAGGCUACUCUCCACUUCAUGAAGCAUCCAGAUGUGGAUCUCAUAAGUGUGUUGACCUGUUACUGAAGGCUGGAGCUGAUGUAAAAGUACAAAACAAGACAGGCGAAACACCACUUCAUAACGCAUCAAUGUGCAGAUCUGAAAAGUGUGUUGAUAUGUUACUGAAGGCUGGAGCUGAUGUUAAAGUACAAAACGAGGCAGGCGACACUCCACUUCAUAACGUAUUAGGGCUCGGAUUGGAAGAGCGUAUUUACCUGUUACAGAAGGCUGGCCUGAAUGUCGGGGAUCAGAUAGGACUCGCGCCGCUCUGUAGAACAUUAAUGUAUGGAUCGAAAGAGUGUGUUGACCUGUUACUGAAGGCAGGGGCUGAUAUACAGGUACAGAAUAGAACAGGCGACACACCACUUCAUAAAGUAUUGAGGUAUCGAUCUCAAAAGUUUGUUGAUCUGUUACUGAAGGCUGGAGCUGAUGUAAAAGUACAAAAGGAGACGGGCGACACUCCACUUCCUGAAGCAUCCAGGUGUUGAUCUCAAA